AUGGCUGUUGAAAGAUUUGAUAUGUGGAAGGAUUACCUCAACCUCUCCAAGGUUGUGGCAGAGAUUCUUGAGGACCGGGAGAAGGACCCCCUGGGACCUGUGGCACAGUGGCCCACUGGGAAUGACGCCAGUGGCAACAGCAGUUCGGAGUGCGGCAGCAGCGGAGGGACUGACCAAAUAUGCCAGUUUUGUAAACACAAUGGAGAGUCAAGGAACGUAUACUCCUCCCAUCGGCUGAAGAGAGAAGACGGGAAGGUGGUCUGCCCCAUCCUGCGCAAUUACAUCUGCCCGCUCUGUGGCGCCACCGCCGACAAGGCGCACACCUUGAAGUAUUGCCCGCUCAACCAAGGGAAGCAGUCCUUGUACCGCAAGAGUGGACGCAAUUCCGCCGGACGCAAAGUCAAGAGAUGA